AACGACUUGUUUAACUUGUUUAACUGGAGUUAUUUGCGAAUUCAAAUUGUUUUCAUAUUUUAAAAUUGUUUAUAGAAAAUAAUAAUGUAUUAAUGAUUAAGUGGUUUUAAUAUGUCAUCGAAAAAUAAUGGAACUUUUAAUAGGAAAAUAUUACCAAAGUCUUUCCAACGUAAACCUUGGCGUAAAAAUUUAUAUGAGAAUACGGACUAUGAAGACAAUUAUACCGAUCCUAGUUUUCUGAAGGAUUUACGAACAAAUUUAAAUGUACGAUUUUUUACAUUUCAAGAAGCAAUAUGUGGAAUAACAAUAGUAAACAACCAAAUUUCCUCCAUAACUGGAUUUCUUAUAAUAUUUUAUAUACUAAACAAUGACGCUGCUGCACCGACAACAUUAUUUGUACCAAGUGUCAUAGCAACAACGAUUGGAUAUUUGCUAUACCGUGGUAAAACGCUCAGUGUAGAUAUGAUUAUUGAAGAUUCAAAAACCCUAUUAACUGUAUUAUUAUUUGGUUAUAUUUUUGCACCCUUACUGCACACACUUACUGAAGCUAUUAGUACCGAUACUAUUUUUAUAACUACAACUUUUGUGAUGAUGUUAAAUUUGGUAUUUUACGAUUAUGGACUCUCUGUUGCGAUGGUAUCUAAAGCUAUAUCAGUGAAUGCAGCAAUAUUUGGUGCAAUCUGUUUAGCUUCUCGGCUGUCUACUUCAUACCAUGCAUUUGUGUUAUUAGUCGAAGCCGCAAUUAUAUUCGUUUUAUAUCCUAUGCUAACAACACGCUGCUGGCGUUGGUACUUUUUUCUGCCAAUAUUUCUUAAUUGUUGUUACUUUCUGUAUUAUAUUUCUAAAGUAAUAUUUUAUACUUAUCUAAUAAUAAGCUUAUUUAUUAAUUUCAUUUGUCCUUCGAUAUUUGUCACACUACAACGCUAUAAAAAUAAUAUACAUGGACCUUGGGAUGAAGCGAUUGUGGAAGAAAAUGUUGAGUGUACUAUUGAACAAAGAUUAUAGUCUAACUAUAAAAUAAUAAUAUUGUCGAUAAUUUUGUAUUACUUUUUAAAUAUAUUAAAUUAGUUUUACUUUAUUCCGUCAAUAUUUUGUUGUAAAUUUUAAAUAAUUUUUUAUUUGCAAAUGAGAUAGCAAUUUGUACAAUUUAGUGCGGUGAAUGAGAUAAAAAGUUUAAAAUCGUAACUAAAUAAGAGGAAUAUGUGUAGUAGUUUUAUUCUUUAAUUAUGUUUUUAGUUAUGAUAUAAAACAGUAAAAGUAUUAAGAUGACUAUGAUGAUUUCGGCAGAAGGCACAAAUUGCUUAUGUCGUCAGUUUUUAGGUAUAUAAGUACAAUGUAUUAGGCGAAAUAAUUAAUUAAAUAAAGAAGUAACUGUUAUUCCUUUAUUAUCUUCACUUUGAGUAUAAUAAUAUAUUAUUUUUUUUAAAUACAAAACACAAAACGUGAUUAAACAACACAACAAAGGCCAGUUAACACACACCAUAAACAGUGCCAAUUCAUUUUAAAUU